GUCGAGCGGGUGAAGAAGAUGGUGCGGCGUCAUGGUCAGGGAAAUGACCCGUGGAUCACCAUGUACACGCUGUGCUCUGACGAGAGGUCUGGAUCGUGGUCGUGGAGGAUCGAACACGAGGUCUCCUUCAAGGACAUUUGGUGCCACCAGACGUACGAGGCUAGUGGUCUGCCCAAGAAGUGCCCCAAGCUCGCCUGCGUCGACCCCUUUGAUCCCGACAACGUCUACUUCUUCCUCCAAGGUUUCAUCUUAAGCCUCGACCUGAGCUCCUGGAGCCUCCAGAAGCACGCUAGGUUCAAUGUGAAGAAGCCUACACGGAAGCAUAUGUCUUCACGGUUUGUGCUCGCUUGUGAGCUACCAGUUGCUCCCUCCUAGGAUAAGGUAUAUAUAUACUG